AGAAGGACCUGGUCGAGCAAGAUGAAGGUUUUCCUCGUGCUAGUGGCGGUAAUCUGCGUUUGCAAUGCCAAGGCAUUGCUCAAACGGAGCAGAGGUGAUGUAGAAGACUUUUUGAAUGAGAAUGGCCCUGAUGAAAUCAGAAACAUGGUCGGCGAGAUCAAAGGCUGGAUUGAUGGAGUCAUUGCAGAGGGAGCUAAAAUUGUAGAAGCUGGAGAUCUCUUUGACGACGACCUGAACCCUAUUCCAGAGCUGCAGACAGCUAUCGAUUUACUUGAUGAGCACGUCAGUCCUUUGGUCGACAAUCUCCCACCGCUUCCAAAGGAAAAGGAAUUGGUUUUCCUCCAUAAAUGCAUUAAAACUGCCGAAGCCACUGAUUUUCAAGGUAUGAGCAGCGACAAGGAGCAACUGACAGCACUCACUCGCCAGGUGUUCAACUGUGCCGGAAACGGAAUGGGCAUCAUUUCCCAUUUGCUUGAUCUGUCCUCUGUGACCGACGCUGAUCUGACUGUUUCCGGUUUGGCUGACCGUCUGGAUAUAAUAGAAGCUACCUUCUUAGAGAUGGGUCAUCUCGGUGCAUGGGUUCUUGGGCUCAUCAAGAAGGCAGAAAAUGGAGAUAUGGACAGGUCUUUUGAUUUUGGAAAACGUACGCCUUCGUCAAAAGAAGAGAUAAUGGAAGCCAUUGCCAAUGGUGAUCCACAAGAAAUUCGUGAAGGGGCAGCAGAUAUGCAGGAAACACUGGAAGAUGCUCUCGAAACAAUUAACAAAAUGAUUGAACUGAAUGGAGCUCUGGGUGAUGAUCUUAAACCAACAGCCGAAUUCAAAGCCCUCGAGAAGGAACUGGAUACAGAUGACAAGAAGGAAAAGGAAAUGAUGGCUAAGCUUCCUCCUCUUGCAGAUGAUAAGGACUCACUUUUCCUCGAAGACUGCAAGGAAGUGGCAAAGAAUACCAACUUUGACGCUUAUUCCAAACCUAAGGAUUUCCUGAACGAAGUUUUCCGCCAGGUACUUGUCUGUGGAGCCACUGGCCUUGAGGUCAUGAUUGAGCUCGUCAACUUGGAAGAUGUAGAUGAUAACGACCUGAAUACUGCUGGACUUGCAGACCGUGUCGAGAAGCUGGAACAGGCAGCAAUUGAGAUGGGACAUCUUAAAAAAUGGGCCGACAAAUUCGCGAAGCGUGUCGAGAAAGAUGGCUUUAAAAGCAGUCAAAAUGAUUUGGUGGAUAUCAAAGACAGAAUGUUUGGUGGGCCAAAACCUACUAAAGGACCAAUGCGCAAAGGGGGACCAAAACCAACUGGAGAGCCAAAACGGACUAAGGAACCAAAGCAAACCGGGGAACCAGAAGGAUUCACCGACAAACGUAGAUUCAGGCCUACUGGGGAGCCAAAACGCACUGGGGGACCAAAGCGAACUGGCGGACCAGGAGGAUUCAAGCCUACUGGGAAACCAAUGCGCACCGGAGGACCACAACGGACUGGAAAACCAGUUAAACCAUCAAGGAGGCCAAAGAUGGACCGAAAGGCCCUCCUUCGCCGCAUCAUGGACGCAUUGAAUAAAUAUUAAUCAUCCAACAUCCUGAUUUUUGUAAACAAAAACUUCCCGACAAUCGCAUUGCAUUUUUUUAUUUUUUUUUACCUUGUACUUGUAAAUACAAUUUUGUUGCAAUUCUAUUUGGAUUUUCGUGUUUUAUUGAAGUCAUAACCCAACACAUUUAUGAUAAUGUUGUUGUUCUUAUAACAAUUUCACUGAAGCUACAAAGACAGAACGUUACAUGAGCAGGUCUUUUUACUAAAGCACUGAUACAAAACAUCCGACAGUUAAUUAAUGUUUGAUAUCAACUUACAUUAAUAUCAACAAUAAAAAAAAUACUACGCUUAUAACCAAAUGUGAAGUCAUCACAAAGUGUUUCGUAAAAUAAA